CGUUUGAAAUAUGCAGUGAAAAACUGUGGGCGUUAACAUUGUGAUUUUUGUUAGACGUGUGUCUACGGAGUUCUUCUGUGGAAGGUUAAGUUUACAGUAGCUGUUUGGUGUACACGAUGAUCAAGUUCCUGCUGAUGGUAAACAAACAGGGGCAGACCCGGCUGUCCAAGUACUACGAGGCCGUGGAGGUGAUCAAGAGAGCGCCCCUUGAAGCUGACGUGGUGAAGGGAUGUCUGUCACGCAAAAAAGAGGAGUGCUCCUUUGUGGAAUACAAGGACUUCAAGCUGGUGUACCGUCAGUAUGCAGCCCUGUUUAUAGUGGUUGGCAUCAGUGGUUCAGAGAAUGAGCUGUCCAUCUAUGAACUGGUCCACAACUUUGUUGAAGUUCUUGACAAGUACUUCAGUCAUGUGAGUGAACUGGAUAUCAUGUUCAACCUGGACAAAGUGCACAUCAUCCUGGAUGAGAUGAUUCAGAAUGGCCACAUCGUGGAAACUAACAAGAACCGCAUUCUGGCACCUCUGCUGGCUCUGGACAAGAUGGCCGACUCAUAAAGGCUGUUUUCUUAAACCUAGAAGUAAAUACAUUUUGUGAAUCAAGUUUGUAACAUUUACAUGUGAUCGACUGUAUUUCCAGUUAUUGAUUACUUUGUAUAUAUGAUGAUUUACCUUUUAUAAAUAAAAACCAAAACAUGACACGUUUUAUACUUUGCAAACAUUUUAAUGAUUAUUUUUUGGAGCAUACACAUUUGAAAAUAUCUGUUUACUUCAAACUGCAACUUGAGUUAAAUAAAUGUUUAUAAUAUACAAAGAAAAUACAAGGGAAAGCAUAGCUUGCUUUUUUUUCCUUAAAUGUGCCUUGCACACAGAACCAGUGUUUUUGCCUCUAUAGCUUCAUUGUAAAAUGACACAGAUGCAGUCUGGGACUUUGAUCAUGUGAUCCUUAUAGCAGGGUAAUGGACAAAAACAUACUCACACUGUAACGAAAGCAAAAACGAAAAGGAGGAAGAAAAUAA